UUCACCAAGAUCUGUUCCAUUCCUUUGAAGCUAUGAAGACUGCAGCUCCAGGAAUGUCAGUGAAAGCCUUCACAGCAAUGUUGGACCAGAGAACAAAGCAAUUUGGAAGAACUGGCAAAGUGAAUGCAGAUGCUUUUCAGAGGAGCUUUCUGCAAUAUGUGUACUACAACACUGAAGUGAACCAACUUCUGGGAAAGGAGCCAUUUGUCUGUCCAGCCUGUAGCCCUGAAAUGGUGGCAGUUUCAGUGGAUGGCAACAGAAAACUCUACAAGUUCCAGAAAACAAACCAGAAUGAAGACCCAGGAUUCUUUGAUGGAGUGUUUUUAGCCCAAGACUCUGAG